AUGUUACCUCAGACUGGAAUAUUUUUCAAUGUGAAUGGAAAAGAUGUGAGAGAAGAGUAUGUGGACCCUGAACUUACUCUCGCCUAUUAUCUGAGAAACAAAUUGGGCCUUCGAGGAACAAAACUGGGAUGUGAAGAAGGCGUGUGUGGAUCGUGUACAGUUGUACUUGGGAUAUGGGAUGAUGGAGAGAACAAGGCAGUUUAUAGAGCAGUCAACGCAUGUCUUGUUCCUCUUUUUCAUGUUCAUCGAACAUUUGUGAUUACUGUAGAAGGCGUUGGAAGUCGAGAAAAGAUUCAUCCGAUCCAGGAUAGGAUGGCUAGAGGACAUGCAUUACAAUGUGGUUUCUGUUCCCCUGGAUUUGUGAUGUCUGCGUAUGCUCUUCUCCGUAAUCACCCGGAUCCUUCGAUUGAUCAGAUCAAUGCAGCUAUUCGUGCCAAUUUGUGUCGUUGUACUGGUUAUCGUCCAAUUCUUGAGGCUCUCUACAGUUUCUCUCCGGAAAGUGGUGGAUGUUGUGGAGGAAAUAAAAAUGGAGGAGGGUGUUGUAAAGACAAAUCAUCUAGCGAUGAGGAUGAAGGAUACGAAAAGCUACUUUCGUUCAGUGACUUUCCAAAAUACGAUCCAACUCAGGAAAUCAUCUUUCCGCCAUCUCUCAGGGUACGAACAUAUGCGGACUCUGAGGAUCAAGCAAUUCUGAAUGGAAACCGUGUCGAACUAACGCUUCCAAAGAAUUUAACUCAAUUCAAGCAAUCUAGAGAGGGCAAGAAUGUUAUUUCAUCAGGACUUAUCACAAGAUUAACAACCUCUCAGAGCCCAGCAUGUGUUUCAGAAAAAUGGAUUUCUACAAAAUAUGUGCGAGAAUUUAACGAAAUCAAAGUGGAAACCGAUUCAGUGCACAUAGGAGCAGCCGUUAGUAUUCAAAGAUUUUCUGACACGCUUACCCGUCAUCUACAUGAAAGUAUUGGAAUUGCAGUAUCAGAACUUUUCCGAAAAUUUUCGUCUCCACAAGUAGCCAACUUUGCUACUUGGUCUGGAGCGGUUGUUGUAUCAGCAAAAUCAGCACCAGUUGUAAGCGAUGUACUUCUUGUUCUGAGUGUUUUGAAUGCUCGAAUCACCGUGCUGACUCAAUCUGGAGAACUUGUAAAGGUGGAAAUGGAUGAAUUUUUGGAAAGAAAGAUUUAUGAAACUGAAACAAUUGUAUGCGCUUCUUUCUCGAAAAGUGAUAACAGAAAACUAUUUUGUCUGAAAUUCGGAGAAACAAGUGAACAAGAUGCUACCGUUUUUAACUUCGGAGCACUAAUCGGAAAUCAAUCUAGCAGAAUAUUCGUUGGAUUAGGUUCCCAACCUAAACGAUUGACCAGAUUGGAAGCUUGGAUUGAUUCUGGAAAAAAUCUUGAUUUUGAAGAUUUGUACAGAGAAUCUGGAAUGGAGAAAAACAACAGUUCACUGAUGGCUUUGACUACACUGUCUGAUUUGUUGAAAAACAAGACAUUGACUGAAAUAUCGGAGGAGCCCAUUACGUUUCUGCAGUAUUACAAACCGACCACAAAUGAAUCUGUUGGACGCCCAAUCGCCAAUUAUUUCAACGAAAGAGCCAUUACAGGGGAGGCUCUUUAUGUCAACGAUAUUCAAGCACACAAUGCUGUUCAUCUUGGAUUCGUUUUAUCUUCGGUCCCACAUGCAGAAAUUCUGAAUGUCGAUCCAUCAGAGGCUUUGAAACUAGAAGGUGUUGUUGGAUAUUUCGGGAUCGAGGAUAUUCCUGGAAACAAUACACCCGGAAUACAGUCAGCUAAUACGUUUUUCCCAGACGACACGGCAAUUUUCGCGGAUAAAAAGGUGGAGUCUGUAGGCCAAGUGGUCGGAGUGAUUGCUGCCACUGAUGUUGUUUUAGCCAGGCGAGCAGCGAAAAUGGUGAAAGUUGAGUAUAGAGAACUGAAGUCACUGAUUGAUCUAAAUGAAGCCAGAGAUGCAAAAUCCUAUCUUGGAAAAGUUCAAUGUUAUGGAAAAGAAGAACAGAUAGUGAACGAAUGCCUCGCGAAAUGCAAUAAAGUUUUGGAAGGAGAAGUGACUCUUGGUUCACAAGAACAUUAUUACAUGGAGACUCAGAGUAGUUUGGUGAUUCCCGGAGAAGGGGAUGAAUUAGUUGUUCACUGCUCCACACAAGGUACAUGUUUUACUCAGUUGAUGGUCAAAGAGGUUAUGCGUCUUCCGGCUCAUAAGGUCAUAGUGAAGACGAAACGACUCGGUGGAGGGUUCGGAGGCAAAGUUCAUAAUGCUUCUUGGAUCGCUUGUAUGUGCGCGGUAGUCGCCAAGAAACUGAAUAGACCUGUUUACGGUUUCCUUACGAGAUCUGACGAUUUAGCUGUCACUGGAAAACGGCACAGAAAUUUAAAAGAAUAUAUUUCCAGAGUAGGGAUUGAUUCAGAAGGAAAAGCUCAUGCUGCUCAUUUUGAAACGUGGCUUAAUGGAGGAUGGUCGAAAGAUCAUACUGAGAAUGUGACAGCGGUCAUGUCGAUUCUUGUGGAUGAUGUCUACAAUUUGGGAUCCGUUCGUUCUGUCGGAUAUCCUGUUAAAACGAAUUCGAGUAGCAGUACAGCAUUCAGAGGAUACGGACAACCUCAGUCAAAACUCAUAAAUGAAGGUUUGAUGAGACGAAUAGCUCGAGAAAUGAACAAGGAUAUCGAAGAAAUCAAGAAGUUAAAUUUUGCUGUUGAAGGAGAUCGUCGAUUUUUAGGAGACAGAAUUCAUAACGACGCCCAUACGGAGUGCUGGGAAUACUGUACCAAAUGGAGUGACUUCGAGAAGAGAAAGAGGAAGGUUGAGGAGUUCAAUAGAAGCUCAGACUCAGUAAAAAGAGGAAUAUCAAUGUCUUCCGUAAGGUUAGGACUACCCUUCCCAGAUACAACAGCACAUGGAAUCGCAAGUAUUCUUAUCAAUCUCGAUGGAUCAAUUCAAUUAUCUAUUGGAGGAACUGAAAUGGGACAAGGAUUGAAUCAGAAAAUGAUACAAGUGUGCAGUGAAGCAUUAAAGAGACCAGUUGAAUCUAUUACGAUCAUAGACAAUAGCACGGAUAAAAUAACAAAUGCCCCUGUUACUGGAGGAAGCCAGAAUUCGGAUACAAAUGGAUUGGCUGUGCUAGCUUGCUGCAAGAGGAUCAUGUCAAGAUUGCAACCAAUAGUCGAACACAAUGAAGGAGACUGGCAAAAAUCAAUUCUCGAGGCUUAUGGAAGACAUAUUCCUCUACAAUGUACUGAGUAUGGAGUAGUAAAUCGUUCACAAUUUGGCGUUGGCGAUAUAGAGACUCCAUACAACACAACAGGAGCAUGUGCAGUUGAAAUCGAAGUUGAUAUUCUUACUGGAUACAAUCGUUUGAUUCGUGUGGAUAUGGUGAUGGAUGUAGGGGAAAGUUUGAAUCCAGCCGUCGAUAUUGGGCAAAUCGAGGGAUCAUUCAUGCAAGGCUACGGAUAUGUGACAUGCGAAAAAAUAUCUUACGAUGAGAAAACUGGUCAUUUGGAACAGAAUACCGCGGGAAAAUACAGAAUACCAAGAGCCAGAGAUGUUCCUAAAGACUUCAGAGUCAAGCUUCUAGGAAUCAACAAAGCCAAUGGAGCAGAAGUUUAUUCGUCAAAGGGAAUCGGAGAGCCACCAUUGAUGAUGUCCUGUGGAGCGGUUCAUUCUGCAAUCAUGUGUUGUGUGGAUGAUUGGAGGGAACAUAAUGGAAUCGAGGAGUUUGUGGAUACCAUCUCUCCUCUGAGCGCCGACAGGAUAAGAGAGCUCUGUUCAAAAAAAUAA